AUCGACUGUUGCGCACACUGUACUUAAGCAUAGUUAAGCAUUCUCAGUUCGUUCGUUGUUUGUGAUACUGGUGAAUCAAUCGUUUUGUUUUAUACAAACCGAUUAUCUUGUUUAUUAUGGCAUUUAAUCCGAACGAACACCAACAUUUACGUUUUAACCCCCUGAAAGGGGAAUGGGUAUUAGUCUCCCCGCACAGAGCCCUCCGCCCCUGGAGUGGGCAAACUGAGACUCCAUCAACCGUCAAAGUACCUAAAUUCGACCCCACCAACCCUCUCUGUCCGGGUGUGAAACGCUCCUCAGGCAUCACCACUCCCGACUACAAGUCGACAUACGUGUUCACCAACGACUUUCCGGCGCUCCUCGAAGAGGGACCGGAGCCGGAGGAGUCUGACGAUCCGUUGUUUCAAACUAAAACUGCAAAAGGAACCUGCAGGGUGAUCUGUUAUCACCCGCAUUCGGAUGUUUACUUUAAUAACAUGACACAGCAGGACGUUCUGAACAUCAUUCAGGAAUGGAUCAAUCAGACCGAAGAAUUAGGGAAGAAAUAUUUAUGGGUGCAAUUGUUCGAGAAUCGAGGCGCGAUGAUGGGCUGUUCCAAUCCCCAUCCACAUUGUCAGAUUUGGGCCAGUUCCUUUUUACCGAACGAAGCCAAAGCCAAGGACGAAAACCAACUGGCGUAUUACCAGAAAUACAAGCGACCAUUACUUAUCGAUUACGUACACAAAGAAAUGCAAAAGAAGGAGAGAAUUGUGGUUGAGAAUGACGAGUGGCUGAUUGUUGUUCCUUACUGGGCAAUAUGGCCGUUUGAGACGAUGGUUUUGCCCAAACGACCAGUACAGAAAUUCUCCGAUUUGGACCAAAAACAAAAGGAAUGUCUAGCAGACGCUUUGAAGAAAAUAGUGGCAAAGUAUGACAAUCUUUUCAACUGCACUUUUCCAUAUUCGAUGGGAUGGCAUGGGGCACCGACGGGCGAGAAAUUGAACCAGGAUCAACCCCACUGGACGUUCCACGGUGGUUUCUAUCCUCCUUUGUUGAGGUCGGCCACUGUUAGAAAGUUUCUGGUGGGAUAUGAGUUAUUUGCACAAGCUCAGAGAGAUUUGACUUCUGAAACUGCGGCGGCCAUGUUAAGGAAACAAUCAGAUAUUAGGAAUGAAUAAUUUAUAUUUUUUAAAAUUAUAUUUUAAGAAAAGGGAGUUAAUAUAAAUUAUUCUAUUUUAAAUUGUAUAAAAAUAACUUUAUAUUUUGUCGUCUUGAGGUUCAAAAAUUAAUAGAUGAACUUUUCAGACGAUGUCUGAUCAAAUUGAAAUAUAUAUUAAAAAUAUCAUAA